AUGUUGAUUUUACUAGCAGGAACAUUAAUAGUAAUAAUUAUCUAUGGUAAAAUAGAAAGAUUGAGAUAGAAAUCUAAUAGAUAUAGAAAAUACCUCGCACACUAGGGAAUAGGAAUUUCUUUCAAAGUUAUUUUUAAUUAUUAUAAUAACCAAAACUUUAUCUUUAUACUUUUUAUCUUGUUUGCAUUUCAUGCUUCUUAUGACUAAUAAUUCAGCACUACUACUUCUUACUUAGAUUUUGGAUAUUUCAAAAUAUAACAGGAUUAAUAUAAAAUUGUAAAUGGUAUUCUUUAUGUUAUUUCCACAUUACUGGGAUCCAUUGUUUCAUUAUUUUUAAAUCGGAAAAAAUGGAUUAUAGAAUCUUCUAUGAAAGCUACUUUGCACUUAAUAAAUUUUUAAAUUAUCUUUAAAUUUAUAAAAUUCUUGCUGUUUCUAGUAUAGAUCUACGGAUAAUAAUACUAAAUAUUAUAGGCUCUACAAAUAUUCCUUUAAGUAUUUUCAAAUGCAAAUAUGAUAAUAAUUUUUUUCUAAUAUUUUGAAGCAGGUUCAAGUUUAAUUGAUGAGUAAUCAUCAAUUAAAUCCUAAGGAUUCUCUCUAAUGUGUAACUUUGAGUUUUUAGGUAUAUGUUUUUCAAGCAGUUCUUUACCUCCUUUAACAAAACUAAUAAUCUAAUUAAUAAUUCUAAUUAUGGCAAAUACCUACACUACUAAAUAUUUAAAAAAUAGAUCCUUUGUAUAAUUAGAAAGAAAUUUAAAAAAUUACUUGGAAAAAUAAAAUUAUGAAUAUGAAAUAUCUAAGUGA